AUGGCAUCUCAAACACAGACGCGAACACAAAAUAGCCGCCGAAAGUCUACGGCGUCAACAAAAACGAUUCGAGAUUCCCGCCCUGUGCGCACAGCAUCUCCCAAAGCGGCUCGACGCAUGCGUCCUCCUCGGACACACUACGCACGGCAAGUCGAACACCGCCGCGGUGCUGGCGAGCCCAUCAACACAGACGAGUCCAUAAGCAUCGCCGGCGUUCUCACCGGGCUCCGGGCGCGGUGGGUCGAGCUGAAGCGCCAGACAGACCCAAAGAUCGGACUAUGCAGCGCUGCGUACCUCAAAGGGCCCGGUGAUGACUCGGGGGGCAUCAUGGCAGCUCCGUCGACACGAGUCUCUGGUGUUAGUUUCCAUGUACGGUCAGCCGGCGGCCUUUGCACAGGCGGUUUGAGUCGAGACAGGAAGGUCAACAGUGAGAGAAGUUUGCUGAGAGUUACAGACAGAGAACUCCUAAGUACGAAGCUGCUUCAGAGCCUGACAGAGGAGCUGAAACAUGAUGAGGUUCCGACUGCGUGGCGUGAAGCGAGAAGGAGAGGAAGGACCGGUGUGAAUAUCUCGACUCAGUGCCUUAUCAAGCGUCCGAUAUUUUUUGUGCAGAGACGGUGA